AUGUACACGAAAGCUAAAAACCCUCUUAACAUGAGCCCAGUAGCUGUAGCUCUGACGGUGUUCUCUGAUUUCAUCCUUCGAAGGUUGACUGAACACACAGAACGAGUCGAGCAAAUGAAUUUGCCAUUCUUUUUUUGGAUUUGUCUGAUCUCAUCUCUUGCUCCCCUGUGCACCACCCGUGGUUUCAGUGCCGCGCUACCUGAGACUCGCUAUGAGGUCCGGCUAGAGGUGGAACCUGCUUCCAUGGAAAUGGACUUGGUAAUGAGUUUCCUCGCCGUUUAUUCUGUACAUCUUUCCCACCAGAACAUUUCCUCUACGGUCGAUGUCUACUCAAAGUAUGGUCAAAAAUUUAGGUGUCAAGUACCAGUUGUGUUGCCUAUCGACAAACAAGCUCCUCCACCCUCAGUUAACAACAGCUUCAUUAGUUCGGCCCUUUCUCAGUUAAAUGGCACUCGUUGUCUAACAAAGACCGUCAAUUGGUGGACUUAUGAACUCUGUUACGCCCGCUAUAUUCUUCAAUUUCAUCUGGAACAAAAUGAACGACAAGCAGAAACACUUCUUGGUCGUUUUGAAUCCGAGACAGACUGGAACAAUCUUAUCAACAUAACCAGCGAGCGACCUUUGGUACACAACCAGUCCUAUGUGAAUGGAAGUAUUUGCAGUUUGACAUUCGAGCGUAGACGAGCAGAGGUGCAUUACAAGUGUGAGCCGGACGAGGACUCCUUCCGUAUAAUCUCUGUUGAAGAACUAGAGACGUGUGUAUAUAGACUUGAAGUUUCGGCCCCAACGCUGUGUGAACAUCGAUCUUUUUCAACUGAAAAAAGAACACCGGCGGAGCCAAUAUUCUGCAAUCCUAUCCUACCGGCAAACGCUGUCACUCCAGAAAGUCCAGUCGAGAAAGAAACACCAGCCUCAGAGGACCACGCACAUCCACACGGAAGUGGCAGACGUGUGGUAAAUUAUGUUAAUAUCGCCCAUAAGCAAGUUGCAGCCCGCACAAACAGAACCCGCCGAAUAAUGAAACGACGAUUGCGGAGAUUUAUUGAACUACUCGUGGACCCGGUGCCGUCUCACUUUCCGAAUUAUUACACGUUCUAUGUUCAGCAAAUCUUGGCAGGCGCUUCAAAGGAAUUGCUCUCCCUUCCGUUUCCAUUGCUUCUUGAAAAUGACGAUUUGCUUCGAUGGUCCGUUGAAGUUCUUCGAAUCCGCCUCGCGAAUAUAAUCUUUGAGAGACCUUUUGGACUUCGUACAUCAGAUCCUGAUUCAAUUCCUCCGCAAGGUCUCGCUGUCAUCCAUAGUUUGGGAACAUUUGUUGCUGCAUUGAUAGAAGCGAAAAUCCGCCACAUCACCGAAGCCAGCUUGCAACCGAUUCACUAUACUCACGAAAGAAUCUUGGAGGUUAUCACAGUCUUCAAAUCUAUUUGCAAGGAACUGGAACGGAAUCAUGACCCGGUAUUCGUUCGUGCUGUCGCGGAGGAUCUCGAGAAAUUAUAUGAAGAAUACAGGAAUACGGGAAAGCGGAUCGUCACAGAUCUGGUUGGUGUUUCUGUGGACGGCAUCACUGACAUUCGCAUAGCAUCGCGGAUGUCGGUUGGAAAACCUUGGCCAUGGUUGUUCACUCCAGACUCGGUAACUUCACUACGUAUUGGUCUGCAGCUCAUCAGGCACCGUUUAUUCCUGCUGAAUCAAUUCAUGAAAGCCACAGAAAAAGUUCACAAAAUACGUGGUGCGGAGUCAUCCUUUGAACGGCACCUCAAACAGUUGCUGUCAGAUAUGACCUCCAAAGUUCUCGUGGUUCGCAGUGUGGAUGAGAAGGUGGACGCGAGCGAAUCCGCUGACGAUGAGGAUGCAGAAGAAGAAAAUGACGAGGAAACACAUCCGUCGAGUUCUGCACCCGCGCGCCGCAAAUCCACAAGUGACAUGAUGCAACAGCUGGUAUCAAUGAUAAACAAAGUCCUCAGCCACGUGCCUUCCGACCAGGCCCAGGAUCUGGAGGUUUAUGAAGCAGGCAACUUUAACGGUGUGAAAACAUUUUACAUCGUGUCAAGUGAAGAACGUGGGAAGGAACACCGAAGGAUGAAACAACUAGAGAGCGCCUAUAAGUUUGUAGAUCCCUCUUCAAGCGCACAUGCUGAUAAACCAAAGGACACUGAAAGCACUGAUUCAGUGGGCCUCUGACCGAGAAAGCAAAACUUGGAACUCCAUUUCUCACAUGCACUGCUGUGAUGCACUGUUUUCUACACCACUUCUUUCUUGGCUUUGUGUUGUUUGUGCUGUGUUUAAAUUUUACCAUAUUUUCGAAGUCAAAUUCAC